AUGUUAUACAGUAGAAGCCAGAGGCUACGAUUCCCACAGACGAGAGUCCACACUGAAGAGAAAGCAUUCAGCUGUGAUGACUGUGGGAAAAGAUUCACAGAACAGAAACGUCUGAAGAGACACAUGAGAGUCCACACAAGAGAGAAACCACAUGGCUGUGAUGACUGUGGGAAAAGAUUUAAGCGUCAGUCAAAUUUAAAGCUACAUAUGAGGAUCCACACAGGAGAGAAACCAUUUGGCUGUGAUGACUGUGGGAAAAGAUUUAAUCAGCAGUCAAGUUUAAAGCUACAUAUGAGGAUCCACACAGGAGAGAAACCAUUUGGCUGUGAUGAUUGUGGGAAAAGAUUUUCAGUACAGGCAAAUCUGAAGACACACAUGAGAGUCCACGCAAGAGAGAAACCAUUUGGCUGUGAUGACUGUGGGAAAAGGUUUAAUCAGCAUUCAAGUUUAAAGAUACAUAUGAGGAUCCACACAGGAGAGAAACCAUUUGGCUGUGAUGAUUGUGGGAAAAGAUUUACUCGGCAUUCAAAUUUAAAGAUACAUAUGAGGAUCCACACAGGAGAGAAACCAUUUGGCUGUGAUGACUGUGGGAGAAUUUUCACAGAACAGGCAAGUCUGAAGAGACACAUGAGAGUCCAUACAGGAGAGAAACUAUUUGUCUGUGUUGACUGUGGAAAAAGGUUUUCAUUACAGGGAAGUCUGAAGACACACAUGAAAAUCCACACAGGAGAGAAACUGUUUGACUGUGAUGCCUGUGGAAAAAGGUUUUUAAUACAGGGACAUCUGAAGACACACAUGAGAGUCCACACAGGAGAGAAACCAUUUGUCUGUGAUGACUGUGGGAAAAGAUUUUCAGAUCAGGGAAGUCUGAAGACACACAUGAAA